AUGGGUUGCUGUUCAGAUAGAGUUAAGCCAAAUGAAACCAUCGCUAUAACAAAGGAAAUUUCUAUCAAAGCUAAAGUAAAAAAAGAAUUUUCUAAACACAAAAAAUCAGGAAAAUACCAAUUGAGAGGCGAAAGCAAAGAAGAACUUUUCCUUUCGAUGGUUGUAAAUCAUAAGUUACUUAAUGAUGUAAGAAUCAUUUAGAAAUUAAAGAAAUCCAAUGGAAAUUUAGAAACUAAAACUAAACAUCCUGGAUUGAGUAGGAGGACGACAAGGACGUCGACAUGGACACAACUUGAAUAA